AAUGAAGGGGCUGUCAUUCCCCUGAAUGCUCCCGGGGGCCUGGGCACCGUUCUGGUUAUGCUCCGGACCUCGUACAAAUGGAAGCGGACCACGACUCCCCGCAGCCAUGUCACAAAAGGCCAACCAGCAUCAAGAUAGUUAUAUUAUUACCUCCCCAAGCUGUACUAGUACUAUAUGCAAACAUCAUCCUUGUCUAGCCUUCCGUCCCCCGCCCAUCCGCCUUUUCAAGUCAUCAGAUAUCAUAAAGACCACAGAUCGCUUUGAUCGGGACAGUAAAGCAUUAUAUAUCAGGCAUUACAUUCAUAAUAUAUGUCAGGUCCCUUGAACU